AGAGCUGGGAGUGACCGAAGGGAGAGAGAGAGAGAGAGAAGAGAGAGAGAGAGAGAGAGAGAGAGGCUGCGCGCAGCUCCAGCGUCGUCAAGGGGCGUCCGCUGCCUUCUGGAGGACCGUGACUGGUGGAGCUCCAUUGUUCACGCAGAGGAACUGUGUCUAGCGGGGUUUUUUUUUUUUAUACCCCCGGUUCAGGACGAGGGGGCUCGCCCGAUGCUGAGCUCGGGGAUAAUGGAGGAAUUCGUGACCGAAGAGGAAGAGCCCUGGUACGACCAGCAGGACCUGGAGCAGGACCUCCACUUGGCAGCGGAGCUGGGAAAGACUCUGCUGGAGAGGAACAAGGAGCUGGAGGACUCCCUGCAGCAGAUGUACAUCACCAAUGAAGAGCAAGUGCAGGAGAUUGAGUACCUGUCGAAGCAGCUGGAGGUUCUGCGGGACAUGAACGAGCAGCAUGCCAAAGUGUACGAGCAGCUGGACGGAACUGCUCGAGAGCUUGAGCGCACCAACCACACGCUGGUGACGGACAGCAAGGCCUCGCAGCAAAAGAUAGAGAGAUUAACAGGGACCACCGAGGCACUGCAGAACCAGGUGGAGUGUCUCUCGGGCCAGGUGGAGCAGCUUCGCUCCAUGGAGCAGCUCCGCGUCAGGCGGGAGAAGAGGGAACGACGCAAGACCAUCCACUCGUUCCCUUGCCUGAGGGAGCUUUGCACAGCGCCCAGGUACGAGGAUGAGUUUGUCGUGGGCAGGGCCGAGAGCUUCACCGUGGUUGCAAAGCCUCCGCCGUUCGAAGAAGAGAACCAGCACCUGAGGGAGGCGGUGUCGGCCCUGCGAGCGGCUGUGCGGACUGAGAGGGGGCGCAGAGAGGGGGUGGAGAGGGAGUGCAACCUCCUACUCGGGGAGUAUUCGCGGCUGCAGACACGGGUGCAGGAUGCUGAGGGCUGCCAGGCGAGGGUACGGGAGUUGGAGGUGGAGCUCCUGGAGCUGCAGCAGCUGCGUCGUGCUCGCACUUUCCUGCUGAGCGGCGAGGACGACGGCCUGGCCCUCACCCAGACCGUCCUCAAUAACACACCGGAGACCGACACCUUCCUGGAGGUGGAGGUCGGGGAGACGGGGGGAGGGGUGAGGGAGGAGAGUGAAGGCGGAGGCGGUGUCGGAGGUGCGGCCUUGCCCGAGUCCAGCCCCGUGAGGAAGAGCUGCAGCGACACUGCGCUCAACGCCAUCGUGGCCCGGGAUGCGUCCGGCCGCAGGAGAGGCAGCUACGCACUCCACGCCAACAGUGUGAGGAAGAGGGGCAUGUCCAUCCUCAGGGAGGUGGACGAGCAGUACCACGCCUUACUGGAGAAGUACGAGGAGUUGUUGGGGAAGUGCAGGCGCCACGAGGAGAGCCUGUGUCACGCUGAGGUUCAGACUUCCCGACCCGUCUCUCGAGACCCGUCCAUGAAAGACUGUGCCAUGGGCCCCACCCCGGUGCCACCCCCUACCCCCACCCAGUCGCCAUCCACGCCCGAAGCCAUUGAGAGCAUCAGCAAGCAGGUGGAGGCGGUGGAUAAACGGCUGGGACAAAACACGCCAGAGUACAAGGCCCUUUUUAAGGAGAUCUUCUCUCGUAUCCAGAAGACCAAGAUGGACAUCAAAGCUACCAAAGCUGCUAAAACUAGCAAAUCUGGCAAAUCUGGCAAAUCCAGUAAACACUGAUUGCCUGCAAAGAGGGUGGUUAUGUGCUAUUGCACUGUUCAGUGCUUGAGUCUGAGAACGGGUGUUUAGCGUGAACGUUCUUAUAGAGGGUGCUACUGCGGAAACUGAUAAAUUCAAUGACAGUUCACUGUAUCUGGGGUCAAAUGUGACUGCAUGGCUUUAAUCCAGAAUUGAUAAACCUUGCAGCACACACAAGAAUCAGAUUUGCAUGUGAUCAACUUUAAAACAUUGCCUAAUUGAGUCAUAUACAAUGUUACAUUAAUGAGUCUGUUAAGAACUAUAGAUCACUCCCUUCAUAUUCAGUGUUUCUCCUAAAUAUAUCCUGGCUUCCUUGUCUUAAUAACCUUCGGCAUAUAUACCACAAUAACACAAUAAUAGCAAUAUACAGUCUUGAACCUCACACGUGCACUAAACAUUGAGGCUCAACUUGGGAAAUCUAUAAUUCACACUUACUAUGUCUGGUAAGUUUAUUAUAGUGGACUAACAUUUGUAUAAUUGCAUCGAGAAAGAUAAAGAGUGAACCUCUCAGGCCACAGCGCUGUUUGAGGUGCUGAUAACUCCUCUGCCGUUGAGUACUGUACAUCACUAUACAAAUUAACACUGCUCAAAAUUGAAAUAGGCCUUAGGUCUGGAUGACAUCGCUACUAUCAUGCACCAUUUGCCGUGUGUGUGCGUGCGCGUGAGAACGUGUCUGCUGCUUCUUUAAAAUCGGUGGUGCCUCGGCCUCUGCCUUUUGUCUUGAGAGUAGUUUUGGGAAAUGCAUUUAUUUGCUUUGCGAACGGGACUUUGAUGAGAAGAUGAAUACGACUGUCAUGUCUGGCUACAUCCGUUUCACCCUGUGUCUAUUCCUUGUGCUAAGCUCACCGGCUGUGGGCUAUAGCUUCAUGUUUAGGAUACAGGCCUAAAAGUAGCAGCCUCUCCUCAAACUCCUCAAACUUGCCUGCGAGAAAGCAAACAGACAUAUUUCUGACAACAGUGUUGCUGUUUUUUUUCGACACAUGCUCAUUCUCCCUUCGUUCAAAGACGCCAUUAGAGGUCAUUUACUGUGAAACUCCCCCCCACAAAACCCCACAUUUGAAAUUAAACAUCUUCCCCCGCCACUGUUUUUAAGUCACUUCAAUUCUCUUAUGAGCACUGAGGUGUCUCUUCAUAUGGACUACGACAAGCCAUGUGGUCAUAAAUAAAUUUGUCCAGUGAAAUUCAAGAAGCGCUGCUAUUUAUUCACUAUACUGAGUAAUAUCAACGGUAUAUGCUGCAAGCUUGUUUUUAGUUGUUGGAGUGAUGCUGCCACUAAAUGCCAGAAAGCUGCUCUCUUGGAGAGAAGUUGCAAUGGACAAUUUGGGCAGGUUGUUGUUUUUUCCGCUAUUUUCUGGGCAUUAAGGACACUCAACAUACAGAAAAUAUAAAAAUGAAAAGAUUUUCUCUUUGGUAAAGUGAUACAGAGGUUAAAACUUAAUCUCCAGGAGAGCGUUGGGACUAUUUUCCUUUAACAACACAUGGACAGACACGCUGUGUGGGAGAACUGUAACCACCACAAGGCUUCGAACCAGGGCUUUGUCACCUCGCAGUCUUACCAAACUAGAAAACUAACCUGCAAAUAUAUUGCACCUAUUUUUCACGGACACAAUACCUAUGCCUUUUUUUUCUAGGUGGCGUACCUGCGGUGUGUAUAAUCCUUUGUUAUGAUGAAUGUUGUUUACAGCUUAUAUUUCAUAACUAAAACUUCUGUACAAUUUUAGACAAAACAAUUAAAGCUUGAAACCGUUUCACGUGCGGCACAGCCGACAUCUGAAGGGUGCAUGGGUGUUUUGAGGCAAUGGGUGUAAAGAGAGUUUGGCGGAUGGAUGCUUUUUUCUGACACCUGGUACUGAAGAAACGAGGGAGUCCUGUCGCCUCCUGAUGAAGUCAAGGCGAAUUUACAGUUGCAGCGAUGUACAGUAGUUCCCCUGGGUGACUGUGGUGUGCAUUUGAGGUCAUUUGAGGUCAGUGCUCAUGUGUGUUAGGAUGAUGCAAGUGUAAGGAGGAGGGGGGAAUGUGUGUUCGUGUAGAGAAACCAGAUGCCAAACCAGAGCCUGUUAUCAUCUCUUCAAAGGCUCACAAGGUUUCUGCACUUGCAUAUUUAGAAUAGCUAAUACAUAAUUGUGCCUGUGUAUUUAUUUUAUGUGUGAAUGUUUCUUAAUAAGUUGAAAAAACUUUUUCAGUGCCUACAUAUGAAUGUCACUAACAUACUGUCAGAAUAAACAAAUUGCAUUUGCUUUACUCCUUUGUACAUUAUUAGUUAAUAACAUAUUGUCAUUAGUCUUGGCUGGUGUGAGUUCAUGUCAUCAUUGACUGAGACCCACUUUUCCCCUUUGAAAUAAAGCAUUGAUGUUAUAAUGCA